UUCAAUGUCGAAGGGUGACAGGAUUAAACAUUUUUGAGAUUUACUUACCGUUGAAAAUAAACCUAGAUCCCUACCUGGGAAAAUCAGUGGUACGGGAACCGGUUAGGAGAAAGUUUCUUAAAUUCGGUUCACAAAUGUUUGCGUAUUUGACAUAACUCCACUACAGACUUAUUCGCGCAAGAUAUAAAUGUCUUGCUAAAGGACACUUGCUUGUCGAUCGCGCUAUUGUGUUCUUUGAAGCUUUUAAAAAUAGUUAUGAUAUGCUCGAAGCACAUUUCUAAUUUGUUCCAGAAUGUGUUUCGCUGGGCGUCCUGUCAGGUGGUUUUCAAUAGUACAAAUAUACCAGACUUGAAAGGACCAAGGUCUUUAAGUGCUGUUGCCGAGAAAACCGCACAACCAAUUAUUUCGGGCCAUCAUGUAGUUACAGAGGAAUGUUUGACUUCAUUAGUGGAAGAUAAACAAUAUUACGAAACCCCCAUCCUUCAUUUGCUCUCAAGAAGAAACAACGUAGUUGCAACAUUAACUGACUGCAAUGGACGAGUUCUGAAUGGCACUAGUUGUGGUGCCGAAGGUUUCCGGAACGCUCGUAAAAUGUCUACUGUUGCUUUUCAAACUGUGGGUAUCUCCAUAGGACUGAAGGCGAAAAAGCUUGGGAUUGGAGCUGUGCGUGUUGUAUUUAAUGGGUUAGGGCCAUGUAGGCUGCCUGUGCUUUCAGGUUUGAAUAUCUCGGGACUAAAGAUGAUCUCUUUGACGGAUGAUACAAAAGUUCAUUACGGUCAUGGGCGAAGACCUAAAAAACAACGUAGGAUUUAAAAGGAACGUUUAUAUCAAUCUUGAUUUAAUCAUGGUAGUGUACAUAAAAUAAACUCCAGAAUUUGGCCUAUUUACUUGAGUUUUCUGUGUGUAGUUGUAAAUUACUUUUCAAGUUUAUGUUAAUGAAACCUUGAGAGAUUCUAUUCACUGGUUAGAAUGUUGGUCAAACCGCUGUGGUGUGGUCUACUUAUAUCUAUAUAAGUAGUAUAUGGUGUGGGUCAGACAUAGGAUGUAUUUUGGCAGAAGACCGAUGAGCAAAGAACUGAAAUGAAGCGCAAUCGUCUGGAAAAUGCAUGAGCAAUGGAAUAAGAGAAGAAACAGUGAAGAUUGAAACAAUUGGUUGUUAAUUUGCAAAUUGACUGUACAUUGUAUGGUUUUCAGAAUUUACUGAGAUAGUCUGUAAUCUUUGCUGAAAUACAUUCGAUUGUCCCCAACCAGUGUUUUGUUCACUACACCGCUACCACAUUUGAUGUAACAAUGCAUCACUCCUAAUGGAGAUAUGUACCAUCGAAAGUCCCAGAAAUUGCGAGAAACUCAAGUCAAUUCAAACAAAGACGCUUAAUUAGUUCUCUGUCCAAAGUUAUUUCCAAUAAAAGUUAACAUGAACUACCGAAUAAUUGUAUUACUAGUUGCCGUAUACUUCAGCUAGGCGAGUAUUGAGGUAAGAGUCUCAUGGGAUGUCAUCAGUCGCUUGUUAUUCGAUUUUACUGAGGCCCAACUGUCAUAUGUACUAAUUACUUCGACAAUUCCAUGAACACGUGAGAAAAAGCAAUGAAUUCAACCACAAUUCAGAGUUGCAAUGCGCACCAUGGGACAAUGAUUUGUGUAAAUGCAAUCAGUCACCAACAAUCUCAAAUAAGGUGUGGUAAUCAGCUCUACUUGUCUUUUGCAUUUUAAGACUGUACUAUUUGCAUAUUGUAUUUCGCUUAAACAUCUUACUGGUUUUGGAUACAAAAUAGUAACGUUAAUUGCCGGUUGAGUAACUCAGCAUAAAGUUUCCUUACUAAGCGUAUGUUUCUAGGUUGUGGUGCAAGUUGACAGUCUAAGGUCUGAUUAACCUUUCAACGCUGAAAAUAUGCAGGGUCAGAUGAUCGAUAAAAUCGGUUGCUGACGCUAGAAAUAAAUCUAUCCGUUACGUAUGCAAGAAUGUUUAUUCGAAGGUAGUAUUUAUUUGAUCUUAAAUCAAUUACUAUAUUAAGUGGUGCAAACAUGCUUAGCAUGAUUGGAGGGAAACGUCAAGGCAUGCACCCUGAUGAAAGUUACUGGGAGGUUCAUUCAUAUGUUUCUUUUGAAUUACGAGUUCAUGUGCACUAGUGAUUUGUAAUAUUAGAUCCUCAAAAUUGGGACACAGGAUACGCCUUCUUACUUUCAACACGAAG